AUGACUCCCCCCGGUUCUGCUACCGAGAGAAGAACUGACGGUCUUACCGAGAAGGAGAUCGAAGAUCGGUUGCGUCCAAUCAAGUCUAUCAGGAACUACACACGGGGUGAUAGUGGUACCGAAGUACAACGGCUCGACUCUUUAUUCCUAUGCUGCCUCAUGGCUCCUGUCAACAUUAUGCAUGCCAUUGCAAUCGUUGACUUCAAGAGAGAGGUUCAGCAGAGAUAUGAGCCGCCCAUGACUGACCGUAUCAAUGAUACCCGAUAUCCACGAUGCCCAGAUGCACGGAUGGAUCUCAAAUCGGCAACUAUGAGGGAGUGUACACUCCUCCCUGAGAUUGUCAGGCAUGAGCGCGUGGUAGCUACUGCCGAUGGUGGUGAAAAGCUCGAUUGUCCUACUCCUGCGCUGACGGUAUUCACGGAGUUCGUGGUCCGGAUGCUGGGGAAGUCUCUGGCUGAGCUUGGGCUCAUUGUGCGACUCCGUUUGAAGGCGUUAUUGGAUCAUGCAGAUUAUGACAACAAUGCAACUGUAGCGAGGUGGGAAUUCAUCGGUGUUCUCAAGGACUGGAUACAAGGAUUUCCUAACCUACACGAUCAACAAGUGCCUGAUGAUGCCACAAUUCUGAAGUAUUUCUCCAACCAAGAGAUUACGGCUUGUUAUGACGCGUGGAGGGAGCGUGCAUCAUCUGAAGAGGUAUCAGAUUCACGGUUAGGGUGCAACACUAUAUUCGAGCCGUUAUUUUCUCUUGAUGCGGGUGCCUUCCAAGCCUACUGUGAGCGUGGCAGGGAUAACCCGGGGAAUGUGAUGGAGUCGUUGACGGGCUUCGUUUUGUGGGACUUGAAUGACGCAACGACGGUUUGGAUUCUCCUUCUGAUGGCUAUCAAGUGCUCUUGCAAAGAACUGAAUACUACGCUUCCCAAAGUUAUCCAGAGCAUUGUGGCCAUGGGAAGGGCAGCAUCAUCAGCGUCGAUGGGCUCUGAAGUGGCGUAUUCCUUACGAGAGCCAUCUUCAGGUCGUGAUAUGUAUUGGAGAGGUCUUGUGGAAAACUUGGCAUUCUUGGUUGGUAAGGGGGCACUACGUUCGGAAUAUUCUCCAUGGCUCAAAUUGAUGAUGCGGAGUCUACCUAUGAAAAACGAGGAUUACAGCUACACCAUGCGAUCUACCCCCAGUAGAUUGGGUGGGCUUAUACGAAAGAAGUCGAAUAGUACUAAGAAAGCCGACAAACAGCGUCGAAAUAAGAAUGUGAAGCUAAAGAAGACGAAACACAUAUGGAUCACAGCUAAGAUGGGAACAUCACGCAGCUUGUAUGUGGGUAACCUAGCUCAAGGACAGGCGAACCAGGUCAACAUACGGGCCUUCUUCGACAACGUCUUAUCGGCUCUACCAGAAUACCAGCAGAAGUACGCUGCUUCGUUGCCGACUGGUGCGGUGAGAGAAGUGAGGAUGUCAGCUGAGGGCACGUACGCUUUCGUGGAGUUCGCCUCAGAGGAAAUCGCCGUUACCUGUUUGGAACUGGAUAAGGCCGAGUUCCUUGGACGAUCAAUGGAGAUCGGCCGGCCCACGGGCCUAGUAUUACCAAGCCCGGCCCCGCCCCCGAUGGACGUCAGCGUUCUGCGUAACCAGGGUUUCCUACCUACUAAGCCGAUGCCGACGAACCCUUCGCAGAACCGGACGCAGCGCGAGCUCUACGUUGGGAAUCUCGCGAUUGGUGUGGUGACACCGCAAGUCCUUCACAAGUUAUUCGAGCCAGCCUGUAAAGUGCUCCCGGAUUACGACCCAGCUUUAGGGCCACCAGUAUUGCAAGCGGAAAUCAGAGGCGAUGGGAGAUUCGCCUUUGUGGAGUUCCAAAACGAUCGACUAGCAACAGCCGCCUUGAGCAUUUUCAACGGGGUAAGCAUGAGGGCGGAUGGAAGUACUCGGGCGGCGCUUGAUCGUGAGCCGACCCCAAGGCUUUGUGGAGGGCGGCUCACCCGCCUGGUCUGCCAGCUCCGACUGGCCAGCAACAGCAAUGGGAUGCCAUGCCUCAACAAGCCAUCGGUGGUUGGGGAAUGA